AUGACGGUGACACAGCGAAAACGCGUGCAGGUUCCAGACGAGAUUCAGGCUGUCUCUGAACCUGGGCUACAAAUUCACUGUGACUCGUGCUCGCGCGACCUAACCCACUCGAUACGCAUCAAAUGUGCUGACCCGGUGUGUGAGGCGGAUGAUGGAAUCGACAUCUGUCCAUCCUGCUUUUGUGCUGGCAAAGAAUUCAAGUCACAUAAACGAGGGCAUGCUUACCGAGUAGUGGAAUUACAUUCGUAUCCUAUUUUUGCGGAGGACUGGGGUGCAGAUGAGGAGCUCUUGCUAAUUGAGGGAAUCGCCCUGCAAGGCCUCGGGAAUUGGCAGGAGAUUUCGAAACACGUUGGAACUCGAACGAAGGAAGAAGUGGAAGAACAUUAUCGAAAUGUCUAUAUCAAUUCCCCAAAUUGGCCUUUACCAAGAAUGGAUCUGUCUUUCGACGUGGACCCAUCCGUAUUUCACGAACGAAAACGAAGGCGAAUAUCUUCUAUGACAGCUGCCGUAGCAAAUUCGAAGCCCGUUCCUGCGCCAACAUCAGCUCCUGGUGUACACGAUGUGGCGACAUUUCUUCCAGGACGACUCGAGUUUGAACAUGAGCUGGACAAUGACGCGGAAGAUCUCAUUAAGGACCUUGAAUUUGGCGUUGUGCGUGAAUAUGGCGGGGAUCAGCUGCCUAUCGAUGAGACAGACGUAGAUGUUAUUGCCCGUGCGAAGCUUGAUGAGGAGAGACGAAGAGGAAAGGAACGCGGGCGAGGGAUUAUUGGGCCCGACGGGAGGGAGCAGAGCACAGAUAGUACGGACGUCAUGGCUUCUCUUAUAAAUGGCUACGAUAUCGCGAACGGACAUGCAGAAGUCCGUAGGGGGAAACUUGCGAAGGAGGAAGAGAAGAAUGGGAAGGAUGUGAAGGAUGGUCAAGGGGACGGAGAACCAGAGGAACCCGUUUUACCACCUCCCCUUGAGACACGUGAUUCGAUCAAUUUCAAGCUCUCACUCCUUGGGAUGUACAACCAUCGCAUCGAAAAGCGACUCGAGAAUAAAGCGAUCAUGUUUGAUCGUGGCCUACUUGAGUAUAAAAAGAUGCAAGCGAACGAAAAGAAGCGACCCAAAGAGGAGAAAGACAUGGUUCAGCGUCUCAAGCCUCUCGCAAAACUGCAGACGUCACAGGAUUACGACAAUUUUGUGGACGGGAUUCUUUAUGAAUGCGUCCUCCGCAAGAAAAUACAGGACCUGCAGCAUUACCGUAGGAUGGGCCUCAAGACAGCUGCCGACAUCGAACGAUAUGAGGCAGAUGUACAGAAACGGGCUCAAGCAAAAGCCAACCUGGCCGCUGGGAGCUCCUACGUACAGCUCCGCGUCGGCAGCAAUCGUGGCUCUGCAGGACCUGAUCCACGGAGGCAGGGGAGUGUGGCGUCUUUCCAGGAGUCGGAAGGCGCGAGAGAAGUUGAGGCACCCAUUCGUUCCAGUGCACCAGGAUCAGGCGCAACCUCGUCCUUUAUACGCAAGCAGCCUGCACCAAUUAGCCUCGCCAAUAGUCCUUCUGUACACCUCCUCACUGCCGCGGAACAAGCGCUUUGCUCUCAACUCCGUAUUUUGCCGAAACCGUACCUUGCGAUGAAGGAGAUACUCGUACCACGCGAUCUCCUUAAAAUUGACGUCAACAAGACGAGUCGUGUUUGGGAUUUUCUAUUCCAGUCGGGUUUCUUGAAGCCAUCACUUGAUGAUCGGGAAAAUGCUAACAAUGCAGAGACUCCUGAAUGGCUCGACACCCUCCUUAACCCAGUCUACCUUGUCUGGGUCCACUAA